AUGGCGAAUGCCAUUAUGGAAGACUACAAGGUGUUGGGGCGCAAGAAGGAGGAAAACGCUCGCUUGCGGGCUGAGUCUGAAGCGUUGGUGAAAGCUGCUCGGGAGGGUGCGGAGCAGCUUAAAAGGGAGAAGGUUCGUACUCUUGCCAAAUUGCUUUCUGAUGAGCGUAAGAGUUGGAAAGAAUCUUGGGCCAAACAGAAUGAAAAGAUGCUUCGUGUUCGUCAGGAGCUGACUAAUGUCAAGGCAGCGAAUGCUGCUUUGGUCAAGGAGAAGGCCGCAGUUGAGGCGGUUGCCAGAGAGGCCAAGGAGGCGGAGGUCCGCGCUGCCAAGGCUCUUGAAGAGGCAAAUGUUGACCGCACCAGCUUAAACAAGACUGCUGAAGUGCAGAACCACGUGACCAUUCUUGCGGAGGUCACGGCCCGCGCGACCGAAGCUGAAGCGCGGGCAAGGGAGGCUGCCGAGGCUAGAGAUAGCCUUGUUUCUUCAUUCGAUCAGCUUAAGGCCGAUCAUGAUUGGAUGCGUGAUCACGGCAUUGGGCAUAUUGUUAAGGCUAUCCUCGACGCACCUGAGAACGCAGCUGGUGUAGAGGAGAUCAGGCUGCGCGCGCGGGAGGCUGGUUUUAAAGCUGGCUACAACCGAUGCAUCAGCCAUAUCAAUGUUUUAUCCCAAGGAAAAUAUACCGAUGAAAGGUCUGGGUUCCAUGGCGUGGAUACUGAAGCGCGUCUUGCUGCCGCUCUUGCAGCGUAUAACGACAUGUCCAUUUCCGCCCUUGAGGAACUUGAUAAAUGCUUGGACGCGGAAGACUAUGUGGACCGCUUGCGGUUAUUGUAUGGUGAUGAUGAAGAGGAGGAAGAGACCGCUGGUGAUGGCAAGGGUGGUGCGGUGAUAUGCAAGUAUGUGUGGCUCAAAGUAUUUAAAAAAAAACUCUUUUACUUUCUUUGUGUGAGCGCGUAUAUGGAUGACUCUGUUGGCUGUAAAGCGCAGUUGAGUAUACUCUAUACCUUUGUCGUAUGA